AUGAUAGGUGGCAUUUUCCCAGUUUAUUCAAGACAGGAGAAUAUACUUUUUUCAUUUGAUAACAAGCCACCAAUGGCAGAAUGUAAAGGAUUUGACCUACGUGCCUUUCGUUGGACGAGGACCAUGAUGUUGGCAAUAGAUGAAAUAAACCAAGAUGAUUAUUUGCUUCCUAACAUUUCUCUAGGAUAUAUUAUUGUGGACUCUUGUUCCUCUCCCACUAAUGUUUUGAGAGCCGCCCUCACUUUGAUGAGCACAUCAGAGCAAACAGAUUCUCAAUGUCAUCCACCUCCCAUAUUAGCACUUAUAGCUGAAUCAGGAUCUACUCAGUCUUUAGUUGUGGCUGGGGCAGUUGGACCAUUCAAAAUGCCACAGGUGAGUUACUUUUCAACAUGUGCAUGUUUAAGUGACAAAACAAAAUAUCCUACAUUUUACCGAACAAUACCAAGUGACUACUACCAAGCAAAGGCUUUGGCUUUCCUUGUCAGACAAUAUGGAUGGACAUGGAUUGGAGUGAUACAGUCUGACAAUGAUUAUGGACGAAAUGGGAUAUCAGCAUUCACAAAGGAAGUGGAGGCUCAUGGGGUUUGUAUUGCAUUUGUUGGCACAGUUUUGCGUACAUAUCCCCAAAGUAAAAUCCUUGAAGCUGUUGAACUGAUAAAGCAAUCAACUGUCAAAGUGAUUCUUGCAUUUGUGCCAGAGAGAGAUAUCUAUCCUUUAAUGAAAGAAGUGGUAAAACAAAACAUUACAGGAAUACAGUGGAUUGGAAGUGAAGCCUGGGUAACUGCUGACAGUCUUUCCACACCCGAAAUGUUCAAAUAUUUUGGAGGAACUAUAGGAUUUGUGGUCCGAAAGAUGGCCAUACCCAAAUUGGCACCACUUCUCAAAGAUAUCACCCCUUAUAAUGAUUCUGAGUCUGGUUUUGUCAGUGAUUUCUGGGAAACAUUGGUAAAUGAGCAGCUGAAGAAAGUACAUUUUGUGGAUGCAUUUGGAGAGGUAGUGUUCUUUGACAAGAACGGAGAACCCCCUGCUUCAUACGAAGUUAUAAACUGGCAGCUGAGAGAAGGACAAACUCCAAAAGCUGUUUGCUCUGAAAUCUGUCCACAAGGCACAAGGAAAGCACAAAUUAAAGGUCUACCUCUGUGCUGCUUUGACUGUAUCCCAUGUGCUGAUGGCUCUAUAUCAAAUACAACAGCAACAGACUGUAUCAACUGUCCUGAAGAGUACUGGUCUAAUGAACGAAAAGAUAACUGCGUCAUGAAAAUAACAGAGUUUCUAUCAUACACUGAAACAAUGGGGAUUAUUCUUAUGGCCCUCUCCCUACUGGGUGCCUGUUUAACAUUUUCUACUAUGGUGGUGUUCAUAAACUUUAGAGACACACCAAUAGUGAAAGCAAAUAAUUCAGAGCUGAGCUUACUUUUACUUCUUUCUCUUAUAUUUUGCUUCCUCUGUCCUCUCACAUUCAUUGGUGAGCUAACAGUCUGGUCAUGCAUGUUGCGUCACACAGCAUUUGGCAUUGCCUUUGCCCUCUGCAUUUCCUGUAUGCUGGGGAAAACCAUAGUUGUGGUAACUGCAUUCAGAGCAACAUUACCAGGGAACAAUGUGGCAGGAAAGUUUGGACCACCUCAACAAAGGGCCAUUGUGUGUUCAUGCACUGCCGUUCAAAUAGUUAUUUGUAUUCUGUGGCUAAAUUUUGCUCCACCAUUCCCUGAUAAAGUCUUUGAGCAACGCAGUAAAAAAAUAAUUUUAGAAUGUAACACGGGCUCAGAUGCUGCAUUUUAUGCCGUUCUAGGGUACAUUGGCCUUCUUGCCAUAGUUUGCUUGGUCCUGGCCUUUUUAGCCAGAAAGCUACCUGAUAAUUUUAAUGAAGCCAAAUUCAUCGCAUUUAGUAUGCUUAUAUUCUGUGCAGUUUGGAUCACCUUCAUUCCAGCUUAUGUCAGCUCUCCUGGAAAGUAUACAGUAGCAGUAGAAAUAUUUGCAAUUCUGUCUUCAGCUUUUGGCCUACUCUUAUGCAUUUUUGUGCCUAAAUGUUACAUCAUUUUAAUCAAACCAGAGAGAAAUACAAGAAAACAUGUAAUGGGGAAAAAUCCCAAAAGUUAA